GCAUUUUACUGAAAUACCUGUUAACUCUUUCAUGAUAUUCACUAUCACUAUAAUAUUGAGCGAUUCUGAUUCAGUCACACGUGUUUCAGUCUGUGUUAUCCAAUGAUAAAUAAUAAAUAAAUAAUAAUUAUUAUUUAAGUUUUAAAUAGAGUCGUUAUUAAACAUUUUAACAAUGACAAGUUUUAUUCCAUGUGUAAAAUGGGUGAAACAAGGUGUUUCGUUACAUCAAAAUACGAUAAAAUUAUCACAACAAGAAUUAAAAGAACUAACAGAAAUCAAACCCAAAGAAAAAGAAUUAAGUAAAAGCGACAAAAAAGACUACGGCUUAGAUAAUUAUGAUGAAGAAGAAAUGGAUAUGUCAGGAGCCAUGUCCAUUAGUGGUCUGGCCGUUUAUAAUAAUACUGAUUUUAAUGAUUCCGAUACCGAUAGUGACAAACUCGAUGAAAUCCUCAAGCCUGACGACAAUCUGGUGUUGGUAGGCAAUGUUAAGAAAACUGAAUGCUCACUUGAAGUCUAUGUUUAUAAUGGUAAUGACAAAGAUUUUUACAUUCAUCACGACAUUAUUUUGAAACAUCCACCACUAUGCUUGGAAUGGUUUGGCUCUGUUGGGAAUUUCUGUGCCCUGGGAUCCAUGUCUGCUACAAUAGAAGUGUGGGAUUUAGAUUUGAUUGGAUGUUUAGAACCAACAUUUAGAUUGGGUAGAAAAAAGAAAAAAAAUCCUGAAAAAAAUUAUGGUCAUACUGAUGCUAUUUUAGAUAUAGCAUGGAAUGAACAUCUACCUCAUAUACUUGCCAGUGGUUCAGUAGAUGAGACUAUUUUACUUUGGGAUUUAGAAUCAAAUGAACCUCAUACAAGAAUGGAAAAUUUUGGGGAUCACGUCCAAUCACUUAAAUGGCAUCCAUUUGAAUCACAAACGCUUGCUGUUGGUUCUUCAGAUUUUUAUGUUUAUGAUUGUCGCACAUAUGAUACAUAUAAAAAUUGGGAUAUUAAAGGUAAAGUAGAAAAAGUUCAUUGGGAUCCAUCUAAUGGAUUCUUGUGUUACAUUGGUACCGAUAGAGGUAAACUCAUGUGCUAUGAUUGUCGAGCUAAUAAACCAUUAUGGAAGUAUAAAGGUCAUGAGAACGAAGUCACUGGAAUCUAUGUCUGGGAGAAAUUUAUUGUUAGUUCUUCAACAGACGAAACCUUAAAAGUAUGGGAUAGAGAAAAUAAACACUUAAUUAAAAUAAGAGAAUUUUCUGGUGCUUUACAUAGUUUAGAUGGAUGUGCAGAUAACCCAUUUUUGGUGGCUGUUGGUGGAAGUGGUACAUCUAAAUUUCAACUAUUUGAUAUUAAUGAUUUUAGUUUAAAGACAUGUUAAUGUUCAUUUUAAUUAUUUUUAAUAAAAUACAAUAUUUUUCCUUAAAA